UCUACUAGCAUUUGGAGCAAGAAAAUGAGUGCAGCUGCCGAUUACUUAUUAAACCCAUUCGUAUAUGGAAUAGGUCUUCCUGCCAUUGGAGUAUAUCUACUAAGGGAGUAUAUGCAGGGAGGUCGAUUCACCAAAAAAACCGAUGAGACUGGCAGAGUAGUGAUUGUGACCGGUUGCAAUCAGGGAAUUGGCAAGGAGACCGUGCUGGAGCUGGCUCGGAGGGGAGCCACCAUUUAUAUGGCUUGUCGCGAUAUGGGAAAGUGCAAGCAGGCACAACAGUGGAUCAUCGAAGCGACCAACAAUCAGAAGGUUUACUCGCGAGAAUUGGAUCUGUGUUCCAUGGAAUCUAUAAGAAACUUUGCAGCUGGCUUCAAACGAGAGCAGAAUAAGUUACACAUACUUAUCAACAACGCCGGGAUUAUGGACUGUCCCAAAAUGCUAACGAAGGAUGGUUUUGAAAUGCAAAUAGGUGUGAAUCACAUGGGUCACUUCCUACUCACUCUUCUACUCCUCGAUGUCCUAAAAAGUUCCGCCCCCAGUCGAAUUGUAGUCUUAUCGAGCUUAGCGCACCGGUUCGGAAGAAUAAACCGAGAUGAUCUGAAUAGCGAAAAGUCCUAUGAUCGAAAGAUGGCUUAUUGCCAGAGCAAAUUGGCCAAUAUCCUUUUUACGAGGGAGUUGUCCAAACGGCUGGAGGGAACGGGAGUCACGGUAAAUGCCUUACAUCCUGGAGUAGUUAAUACGGAGCUCUUUCGAAAUACACCAUUCUUCGGGUCGAAGUUUGGAAAGAUGCUCAUUGCACCAUUUAUAUGGAUUUUUAUUAAGACUACAAAGAAUGGAGCCCAGACGUCUCUGUAUGCAGCUCUGGAUCCCAGUUUGAAUAAUGUCUCAGGACUUUAUUUCAGCGAUUGCAAGCCAAAGAAAGUUGGUUCUGCAGCCCAAUAUGGUGAUGAUGAUGAAUUUCUGUGGGCAGAGAGCGAGAAGUGGACGGGUAUUAAUAUUUAACCGUUUUAAUUAUACUUUUAUAUAUUAUACACAAAUUUCAAAGACCUUUUAAAUGUUUUUCCAGCAAAAAAUGUUUUCAAACAUUUCUGAGUCCCCAAUAACAUGUUUAAUGUUUUGCAGAUCAACGGUAAUAAAUGUAUAAACAAGUGUAAUAAGAGUAAGAAGAGUUAUAAUAGAUAUAACGAAAGUACAUAGAUUGUUCAAAGUCAUCUGCAAAAUAUUAAAAUGUUAUUGGGCACUAAGAAAUGUUUUCCCCGAUUUUUGCAAAUAAGCUUUAAACAAAAAAUAAACAUUUUACAAUUUAAAAA